AGAGUUGCCGCUGCAGGUGACUUCUGUGACUCCAGCGAGUGCUUGAACGGUGGGACCUGCUUGAUGAGCCAGGAUGACCUCCCCUUCUAUUGCCUCUGCCCCGAAGGCUUUACGGGCCUCAUUUGCAACGAGACUGAGAAAGGUCCCUGUUUCCCAAACCCCUGCCACAAUGAUGCCAAUUGCCAGGUGAUCGAUGACUCCCACCGUGGUGAUGUCUUCACACAGUACAUCUGCCAGUGCCCUCAAGGCUACCAGGGCACCCACUGUGAGACCAUGUGUGCCACGCCGCUGGGCAUGGAGACCGGCGCCAUCGCCGACUGGCAGAUCUCCGCCUCGUCGGUGCACUUGGGCUUCAUGGCUUUGCAGCGCUGGGCCCCGGAGCUGGCCCGCCUGCACCAGUCGGGCAUCGUCAAUGCCUGGACAGCCAGCAACUACGAUAAGAAGCCCUGGAUCCAGGUGAACCUGUUGCGGAACAUGCGGGUGACGGGUGUGGCGACGCAGGGUGCCAGCCGCGCAGGCAGUGCCCAGUAUGUGAAGACGUUCAAGGUCGCUUACAGCUUCAACGGGAAAAAGUUCCAGUUCAUCCAGGCGGAAGGGGGCUUGGGAGACAAGAUAUUUAUGGGUAAUGUGGACAACAGUGGUGUGAAGAUCAACAUGUUUGACUCCCCUCUAGAGGUGCAGUAUGUGAGGCUGGUGCCCAUAGCCUGCCAACGGGGCUGCACCCUGCGCUUCGAGCUCCUUGGCUGUGAGCUGAAUGGAUGCGCGGACCCCCUGGGCCUAAAGGACAGAACCAUCCCCAACAAGCAGAUCACAGCCUCCAGCACCUUCAAGACCUGGGGCCUGAGUUCCUUCAGCUGGUAUCCCUUCUAUGCGCGGCUGGACCAGCAGGGCAAGUUCAACGCCUGGACGGCGGAAAGAAACUCUGCCUCGGAGUGGCUGCAGAUUGACUUGGGCUCCCAGAAACAAGUGAGCGGCAUCAUCACGCAGGGGGCCCGAGACUUCGGCAACAUCCAGUAUGUGGCGGCCUACAAGGUGGCCCACAGUGAUGACGGCGGGAACUGGACCGAGUAUAGGGACCCGGGGUCCACAGACAGCAAGAUCUUCCCAGGCAACUUCGACAAUAAUUCCCACAAGAAAAACAUGUUUGAGACACCCUUCCUGGCUCGUUUCGUGCGCAUCCUGCCUGUAGCCUGGCACAACCGAAUCACCCUGCGUGUGGAGCUGCUGGGAUGUUAGUCGGUCCAGCUAAGGGGACCGGGGUGGCUGUGGGGCGCAUGCCCCUUCCCCGGUUCUCCUGACCUUCUGUGGUCCUGCUGCCUCCUCUGCCCACCCCCCUCAUGAUUGUAGUGCCGUGGAGGGGGGUGUCAGUCAGUCGCCUUCCCUCUGUCUUCCUCACACCUCCCCUCCCACAUGCCUCCCCCCUGUGCCCAGCCCUCGUGCCAUCGCAUUUUCUUAGGCGCUGAGGGAGGUGCGCAGGUCUGGGAUGGACAGGGAAGAGCGAAGUCGGGGGUGCGGGUUACCCGCACCUCUCCAGAUCCCCGAUUCCAGCCUCUGUGUCCUCCAUAGCCCCCUCCCAUACCCCACAUUUCCCGCGGUCCUGGAGGAGGGCCCUGCGGCGCCAGGCUGGAGAUGAAAAGUCUCCUGCCCCUCAGCACGAAGCUGCCAUUCCUGAUGCCAGCACCCAGCCCUCUGACACCCCCCACUUACUUCCCUGGAGAUCCCUCUUGAGCCCUGUGCUGCAGCCUGGAAAGAAAGAAGGGGGUGGGAUGGGUCUGUGGACAGACGGGAGGCGGUGGGCGGGCACCGGCAGUUUCCGAAAUAUAUUUAUGUCACUGUCUGGA